AUGAACAGCGCUCAACGCUUUGUUCCUCUACAGGAACAUCGCUUUGAAUAUGGCUCUGUUCGCCGUUAUAAUGUAGAUUUCUGCCCUGUGUAUACGAAUCCUGAAGCCUUGAUACAGGAUGGCCCAAAUAAUCUCAAGCUAUACGUCGUGGCUCGUAGAAAUAGUAUACAGAAUUUCCAAUCGUAUAUGCCCUUUGACGUAUUUACGCAACUCAAUGAAUGGGCAGAUGUAAACGAUACCUAUUCUGUAACUGGCGAGGAUAUUUUCGAUCGUAGUAUAUCUUCUUCUGAGGAUGAGGGUAGUAUAUACAUCGGAGAUAAGUCUCCAUUUAUCGCAAGUCCAGGGUCCGUAAUGUCAAGAGUCGAACGACAAUCGGCACGAAGGUCACCAUCAUCAGAACGAUUCCAAGAAAAAACAUAUAGGACUCAAUCGGUUACACGAUCACCAGCUCAUGAUACGGACAUAGUAAUAGAUGAUCGACCUAUGGACGAAGGGCCUGCUUAUAGCUAUUCUGACGUUGAACAACCAGAUAUCACACCACAAACUGUGAUGUCAAGGUCACCUGUUUCGAGAAAUGUAUCAUUCGCACAUGCAGUAGUCACCGCAUCACCGAAACAACGUAACAAAAGGACACUAUCCGGUAGAUAUGAUAUAGAGCAUCUUUCACCUACGGGAUAUUCACCAUUCGCUUCUUUCGGUGCAGUGUAUAGCGGUGGGCUGGACAACCAAACUGUAUAUGAUGUCUCAUCUGCAGCAUCUAACACUAUAGCAAAGCUCAAUGAGCUGAAAAGGGUAGCGAAAUCUACACCAGUAGGAGCUGUAGUUCUUGAAAAGGAGGUAAAGAAACGUGGAAGAGGUUAUAGAGGUCGUAAGCCAAAGGUACCAGCCAUCGAAAAUGCACCGAAUGCGUUAUCGGUGGAUACUGGUGAGGGGAGUCUUAGGAUAGCAGACGCUUCACUGCUCAAUUACGUGGAAGACACGGCUGAAGUUCCCAUGCUAACGUCAGAAAUUGCCGAUAUAUCAGCUGUUAAUGAUAUAGCACAUUCGGGGAAGCAAAAACGUAGACGAGCACGGGUAUCGACUGCAGUAGUGGCAUUACCAGAACGCCCCUACGUUGACAGUGACGAUGGGCGACACAGUGACCAGGGUGUUCAAACGUAUUCAGAAGAACCGCUACGUACGUCAUUGGGUGUUGGUAGUGACGACUUUCAAAUGGAUGAAUAUGGAAGUCUAGCAGACCAUUUACGCAAUGGCCAGGAUACUACCAAGAAACCAGGAACUAAACGUAGAGGGAGGCCUCGUAAGACGGUAAAUAGUGCUAUGCUACUUAAUAGUUGGUAUAUUUCUUACGGUGAUGAGAAUAAAAGCAAAAGGAAAAAGAACUACGAACAUGUUGAGCCAUACUUAGGACGGAACAAAAGGUAUCCUACCCGUACCAGACUACCGCCAAUACAACAUUGGAAUUCGAAUAUGACAUUAAAUGGUUCAUCAGUACUCUUUCUUAUUGGCGUUACAUCUGAUGACGAGAAUAUGGGAGUGCAAGCACAACAUGCUUCCGGCGAUGUUGUCUUGUUCCAUGAAGAUGUUCAUCCAGGAACUUCUUCACCUACAGCAGCUAGGAUCCAACCGAAGGACUUGCCGGAAGCAUCAUUGGUUUUAACUGAUUCUACAGGCAUGAUGGAGAUGCAAGUUAUCGAAGCUAACGCGGAUCAGCCCCUAGCUAUUUCAAAUAGACCACAGGAGCCCCCAAGGGAGGGUAGUGGAGAGUUGGUACCAGUGGAUAGCACAACUGCCAAGAAACCGAGAAAGGAACGAAUUACUGUUGCUAAAAGUGUAGCGGUACCACUGCAAAUUGAUGGUACUGUCAAACGUGGAAGAGGGCGCCCAAAGGGCACGGGUAAGGUUAAAGCUAAAUCUGCAGCCGCAAAGGCGGGCAAGAAGCAGAAAGAGAUGACAGUCGUUGAGGCUUUGGAGAUUCUACAAAACGAGAAUACCGAUGAGAUCGAAUUGGAUAAUAGCCCUAAAGGUCGAAGACAGUCUGAAUUUUAUCAAGAAUUAGCAUUUGAGCCGGCGAAACGUUUGAACAUGGAUUCCACAUUGUCAGAUUCUGUUGCUGUACAAAACGGACGUCAUAUAUCAUACCAGUCAUUCUUCAGGGUGGAUUCGGUGGAAACACAAAUGUAUAACGGGUCACUGUUCCAACCUUUGAUCAUGAACUCACGUUGCCGUAGUUCAAAUGUGAUCAUUCCAGUAGGCCGUCAUGUCAACAUGGGUAACGUGAAGGGUAACUUCAUUUGCGGCUACCUCUAUUGCGGUGAGGAAGUAUCAGUGCGUGGUUUAGGUGCCACAUGGCCGCUAAAGUCUAAACAGACGUUUUUCCUCCCGAUAUUUGAAGAAUGGGCAAUUUAUAACGAUAGCACAAACAUGGACGCCAACUUAGCACUGACCUUUGUCAGUAUCUAG